GGGGAGUCUAAGGGCAAACAAACCGAUUGAUCGUGGAUUCCUAAGUUCCAAAACCAUGCCGGUGAAACAGGAAAAAUAAAAAACAAAAAUAAAAAUUGAGGCUAGGUAUUCUAUCGCACGCCCUCUUGGAGAGCGUGCACUAACAUCUUCACAAUACAAAAAUUUAUUUUCCACACGAGUGUUUCUCACAAACCCUAAAUGCGAGUGGGAAAAAUGGUUGAGAGACUGCCAUUUUAGAGAGAGAGCGCGCGAGAGAGAUAGGGUAUAAUAGUGUGGGUGGCACCUCACCCUAACCAGGACGCGUCAAGCUCACAAUCCACUUCUGGGCUUCUGGCAAUCUUAGAUUUGAAUCAGCAUCUUCAACUUGUCGAAAUGAAGUUGAAAGUUGAAGGUCCUGCAAAACUCUUUGCUUUUGCUGCAGGCAUGUCUCCUGAUGCUCUUUUAGCAUGUUUCUCUACAAGAAAUCACAACUCUGAUUCCUAUGGUUUGAUCUCUUAAGGAUCAAGAUUUUUGACCUUUACAUUGUAAAUGGUGAUACAGAUUAUGGAGGACAUGGACAUUGAUCAAGUAAUGGAUGUUCCAGACACCCCCGAUAGAUCAGCUGAGCGGAACAUAGAUGGUAGAAAAUGUGAUAAACAUGACAGUAGUUCAUUAGCAUCUGCUCAUUCAGGAAAUUCUAAGGAUAAAGGAGUUCUGAAUCAGCUGAGGGGCAGGGGUAGACUGGUCACUGAAAACGGGCACAGCAGAAGACUCCAUUUUCGUUCUCGGGAAAGCUCUGCCAAUUCUGGUGAAACUGAGUGCUGCAGUAAAUCCAUGGUUUCCCAAUUGGAGAAUUCUUCUGCUCCCAAAAGUGCUCAUUUGUUUAGGAGAAUGAGAUCAGACGGGAUCUCGAAGCAUGAAGCAAAACAUUCUAUUGGACCUCAACAUACAAAUAAAGGGAAAGCUUUCUGCAAUGGAUUUCCUUCCAAAUCAUCUGCAUGCCAAAAUGAUAACAAAUUUUUGGAUUUAAUUGGACCAAAUGGUGCUUUCAAAGAUCUUCUGGAUGAAGAAAUAGGAAAAGGAUCAAUGGCAACCAAUGGUUGUUCUUCCUUGCAUUGCAUUGAAAAUUCUCCAAAGCCAUCCUGCAAUACCUGGAAAGGGAAAGAAAAAACAGACAAUGGUGCAUGUGAUGGUUCUGGUUCAGGUAUAGGUUUUCGUGAAGCUUUUGAUAUCUCUAUUGAUAUUCAACCUAGAAGUGAAAAGCAUGUCUCCUCAUCUCUUCAAUAUAUUACCUCACCUAGAGUGUCUGGGCAAAAAAGGUUGGUACGGAAUGGAUGUAUUUCUCCACAUAAUAUUAUUGCAAGGGCUAAACAAUUAGCUGAACAGCAAAGUAGCAGCUCCAAAGAUGUUGAACAGAAUGAUGCUAAGGAUAUUUUAUCUAGAGCUUCACCAUCUCGGAUGGAUAUUAAAGAUCCAAUUGCUGAAAUCAAUAAUUCUAGUAGGGUCAAAGGAAAAAGCAUAAUAAGUCAUCCUUGUACAUCAAAGCAGCAUGACUUCGGAACUGUAACUAGGAGUCCAAUAGUUCAUAAUGAACAAGCUAAUGACAACAGUGACACUGGCAGAGAUGCAUUUGGGUGCUUUGAAGGACUGAGUGGUUGGAGAAGUACACGUAAUCGAUCAAAGAAAGUAGAUGUCCUCUUGUCCGAUGGGGGUGGGCAUCUUCCCAGGAGAAAUAAUGCUGUUCAAUGUUCUUUGGACCAGAAAAAUGAUAAUGGAGUGGAGAAAAAAGAUGAUCCUGAAGUUCAGGCUAUGUCUUUACAGCAUGGGCCUGCUCCAUCUGGAGCUCAAACAACUUCCAAUCUUAUGUCAGGGUCAAACCAAGUAAAUGUGAGGCAUCGUGCAAGAAGCAUUCUUAUUAAAAGACAAAGAAAGCAUGGAUCAGCUACUAGUAAUACUGGUGAAAGCUCCACCUCAGUUUUCAAUGACUCAGAGAUCAUGUUUCUUGGUUCAUCUGGGGAACCAUCAAAUUCAGGAUCAACCCGAAGCCAGAGUCAUCAUGGUCAAGGUGUUAUGGAGCCAGUUAUUGAAAUUGAUGAGCAGUCCCCUGAAAUAAGGCAUGUUGCCUCCCGAAAUGGAGGUAGCAUGAAUAAUGACGACUCAGAUGCCAGGGCAAGACAAAUAGAAGCAGAUGAGAUAUUGGCUCGUGAACUUCAAGAGCAAUUAUAUCAUGAAAUGCCUGUGGAUGGAGGUGUUGGGAUUGAUGCGCAUAUCGCACAGAUGCUGCAGCAGCAGGAGCAAGUGCAGCCUACUUCUUCAAGUAGAAACCACCGUGUGCCUAGAGCUAGUGGCCCUGCAAUAUCGCGUUUGUACAGACAAUCACAAUCACGGUCUUCUCAGAACCCUUCAAUUAGGAGAGGAACACAAGCUCGAGGUCCUACAUCUACUAGAAUGGCACAGUUGAGGAGCCGUUUUCCCAACCAGAGUCAUGCAAUUCCUUCUGGAGAAAGGAAUCUUCACUUCCCUCUGAACAUGGACUUGGAUAUGAGAAUUGAUAUAUUGGAAGCAUUAGAGGCUGCAGUUGGUGAUUUUGGUGAUAUGAGAAUGCCUGGUCACAUCCUUCAAAUUCAACGUGAUUUCAAUGAGAAUGAUUAUGAAAUGCUAUUAGCCCUUGAUGAGAACAAUCACAAUGUUGGUGCAUCAGUCAAUCAGAUGAAUAGCUUGCCACAGUCUACAGUACAGACUGAUAACUUUGAAGAAUCUUGUGCAAUUUGUCUUGAGACCCCAACUAUCGGAGAUACCAUACGCCAUCUUCCUUGCUUGCACAAAUUUCAUAAAGAUUGUAUUGAUCCAUGGCUCGCGAGGAGCACUUCGUGCCCAGUUUGCAAGUCAUCCAUCACUUGAUUGCACUGGCAAUUCCGAUCUCUCUUUGCAGCUGGUUAAAUCAAAUCCAAGGAUUUGAUUGUGUACUGAAGGUAAUCACAAAUUCGUUUUGGUUUCCUGCUUACAACUUUUUGCAAUUGGAACUUUGAACAUGGAGGGGGACUGUCCUCUGUUAAUUUGGUUUCUGUUAGACGUACUAGGGAAAAGAAAAUCAUUAGGUUGAUAUGUCAAUCAUACAAAUUCUUCUUUUUGGAUGAUGAUGCUUGAUAAGAAGAUAUGUUAUAUCAUUUUGAUUGAUUUGUGGUCUCAUGUUGGGCGUAGCUUGUAGCUUGUAGCUUGUGGCCUCUAGCCAAGCCUUGGUGUAUUUGGAACGAGCCUGGUGGUGGGGUGGCAUUUUAUCUUUUUGAAUCGGUUCAUGGUCUCAGUCUCGUGUGCGGCAUAGCUUGUAGCUUGAGUUUGAAUCGAACCAAAACUUGGUGUUGGUGUUAUACAGAAGGGGCCUUAGACCAAUUUAAGAUUGUAAUGAGGCCGAUGCAAAAUGGAUGGCAUCGAACACGACCCUAGCCAUGAAACCUUGAACCUGAUUAAGGGGGCUGACGGGGUCUUUGGGCGGGCAGCAGUUGUUGGGAUAACAAUAGGGGUGAAGGUGAAGCAAAAAAGCACAGUUUCACGAGUAGAAUGUAGGGUGUUUUGGGAGCAAGGUAAUCCUUGUAAUUGUAUGGCCUUGUGAAAUUGAAGCCCUCAAUUUAGACAUGUACUGCUUGGCUUAGAUGCUUGCGAUGUUACUUGCAUAUACCGGCCCCCACCUCCAACAUACACAAUUUUACUUGUUUGCAGGGAUCUGCACUUGCCCAACUCUCCAUUUACUUUCAUUCGCGUGUUUAGCUCUUUAUCUUUUCCA